AGUGUAACAAGAAGUAACAGGAAGUUAAAUUAAUAUAAUUUUGGUACAAUAUAUUUAAUGAAAUGAGGAAGUCUUUCUUUUGAAAUGGCUACUAUAUAUGUAAAUGAAAGUUUUACAAAAUUUGACGAUAAAAAAGAGGAAGAUAUUUUCCCAGAAACGGAUAUAAAGACUGACGUUUAUGAAUCUCUACAAAAAACUAAGGAUUGCGAGUUAUAUCAGACGAUAGAAAAGAGUAAAACAAAUCAGGAAAUUGACACCAAAGUUAUUUCAAGGAAGAAAAUAAUAUACAUUUUACUCGUUUUCCUGUCGGCAACAGCCAUUGGGCUUAUUGGCGUCGUCAUUCUAUUCGCAUCUACUACUAAAACAGAUGGAAGCUGGGAAAGCUGGCAGAUGUGGACUAACUGUAGUACUGACUGCGGUGGUGGUUUCAGGAAAAGGUCGAGGACUUGUUCAAAUCCAACACCGUCUCAUACUGGAAGAUAUUGUCAAGGAGAAUCCAUUGAUAUAGAGUCAUGUGAAAACGAAAAAUGUGAUGGUAGCUGGGAAAACUGGCAGAUGUGGACUAACUGUAGCGCUGACUGCGGUAGUGGUUUCAGGACAAGGUCGAGGACUUGCUCAAAUCCAACACCGUCUCAUUGUGGAAGACACUGUCAAGGAAACUCCAUUGAUAUAGAGUCUUGUGAAACCGAAACUUGUGAUCUUAGCCAAGUUAUGUAUGGACAUAGUUCUAUAGGCCCUUAAAGUAUCAAGCAGAUAAUGUACAAGGUAUUAUAUGGAUCC